CCAGUACGCGCAUUCUCUCACUUCCCUUCAUUGUGCGCCUUCAAUUGGCCUUCUUUCGAGCGGUAAGAGGGCGCAAUGAGCGUCUGCCGCUCCGUAAGAUGUCUGUUCUCCGCAGUCUCCCUCCCUAAACCUUCAUCCGCGCCGAAACGCUCCUUCCACGCUUCCGCCCCUCGAACAGCCCGUAGACGAAGACCACACUACCCCUCAAUAAAGGCGGAAGAUCUCAAGCUCCUCAAUCAAGCCGCGGAGACCCAAUACCCAAAAUAUGACACCUCCGAGACCGCUCUCCUUGCGAAACGCUACACCCCCGAGCAAAUCGCCGCCAUCAAAGCCGCGGAAUCCGCAAUCGACGCACGCGACGUGGUAACACAAGGCCAGAACAGAACAGACCCCUGGCUUCUUCCGUACGAAGACGACCUCGCAGAAGUUGAUCCCGUAACCGACCAUGCGCCCAAGCUCUCGCCCGAGGACAUCCCGGGCAAGAAGACCUUUCGCGAAGCCAACGAGGUCGAGCGCGACGAGGCUAUAGCCCGGAUCGCAAAUGAGAACCUGGCGAAGAUGUAUCCUGACGGUAUACCCGAGGGCCAACUGAACCCCAAGCAAGAGCAACAGCUGCAGGAAGCAAUGGAAGCCGCAUUCACGCAAGCUGCGCUCGACCCGCGUGCAACAUUUUACUCCGAGAAUCCGGCAGCCGCUCAAGCGCUCGCCGACACGCGGCAUUCCAUCGUGCAGCCGGAUCUGCCCCGUAUCGACAACAGAAUGGUGCGGCAAACCCGUCGCCUCUCCACUGAGGAGGCGGAAGAUCCGCGGCAGAAACGGCUCCUACAGUACCUCGACUGGGACAAGCAAAAGCUGCGCACUAUAAGGGUGAAGACGCUGGUGGUGCACAGUGUGACCAACCAGACGCGCAUGGGCAAGAUUCAAUCGCUGUACUUUCUUACGAUCGCAGGGAACCAGGAUGGACUGUUGGGUGUAGGAGAGGGCAAGAGCGUGGAGCCGGAAGAAGGGCGGAAGCAGAGUGUCAUGUCGGCAAUCCGCAACAUGCGGCCCAUUCCAAGAUAUGAGAACAGGACGAUAUUUGGCGAUUUGGAGAAGAAGGUUGGGGCCACAAAAGUGCAGUUGUUUGCGCGACCACCUGGUUUCGGUCUCCGCGUCCAGCAUCUAAUCUUCGAACUCGCUCGCGCCGCCGGCCUUCAGGACCUCGCUGCCCGCACACCGCGCUCACGGAACAAGAUGAACGUCAUCAAAGCCACAUGGGAGGCUCUAUGCAACCAGAAGCUACCAGAUGAGAUCGCAAGGGCGAGAGGGAAGAAGCUCGUCGAUGCGAGGAAGGUGUACUAUGGCGGAAGUGUACAUUAAGAGUGUUAGGUCACUGUAUGAUACGAGGCGGAUUCCGAAAGAUGUACGUUGUAUCAUACGCAUUCGCAUUGGGCGGGAGCGCAGCAUUGUAGAAAGCCCUUGUAGUAUAUCUCUACACAUACUGAAAUACUUGUUCAUUGCAUC